AUGGGAGCUAGGUCUGGCACCUCUGGCCCACUGUUAACAGACUAUCCAUUAUGGACAUGUUCAGCUGUUCGAUUUCAAAUAUUAAUUCUAAUAGCUUCGGCUAUGGCAGUCUUUGCCGCAAUACGAGGGUCAUUAUCGAUGGCUUUAGUUUGUAUGGUAGAACAACCUUUCAAUAGCACUUACACAAAGUCAAUGUCGCCCUAUAAGAUUAAUUGGAGUGUUGAAAAUCAAGCCAAGAUUCACACGUCAUUCUAUGCAGGAGCCUUAGUUUCCGUUUUUGUCGCUGGAAAUCUAAUCGGACGAUUCGGGGCUAAGAAAAUAAUGAGUCUUGGAAUCUUAUUGAAUGUAGUUGGUACUCUGGCAAUCCCUUUCGCAGUCAUUUUUCUGAAUUCUUAUUAUUAUGUAAUGUUUUUACGUUUCAUAAUGGGAUUAGGAAGCGGUUUUGUAAUUCCAUGUGGCUCUGUGAUGAUUGCGAGAUGGUUUCCUAUUUCGGAAAAAAGUACAGCUAUGGCUAUCUUCACCACAGGCAAUCAAGUAGGAAUAGCUGUUUCAAUGGGUGCUACAGCUAAAUUUUGUGAAUUCGAAGGAAUGAUUGGAGGUUGGCCAUUGGCCUUCUUCUCAUAUGGAUUAAUUGGAUUUGUUUUUCUUCUCUUCUGGCUACUGUUCGCAACUGAUAAGCCACGUAAUUCCAAAUAUAUAACGGCUUCCGAAUUGGAAUAUAUUGUGGGAAAACGUGAAAAACGAAAAAGGACUAACACCAUCAUGUUACCUACACCUUACAAAAAAAUUUUCAUGUCUGCAUGUGUUACGGCAAUUUGUGUCUGUUCAUUUGCUCAAUCAUUCAUAAUUGUUGGAUUAAUUACUUAUUUACCUGCUUAUUAUCAAUCAGCUCUUCAAAUGAGCAUCAGCAAAAAUGGUAUUUGGUCUACUGUUCCUUUUUGCCUCCAAAUGGUCACAAAGAUACUGUUCGGUACAGUUGCUGACAAGUUGAAGAAACGCGGAAAAUCAGCUAGCGCCAUCACCAAAUGGUGUAACGCCAUCGCUAGUUUUGGAACUGCAACAAGCAUUCUCUUAAUCUCUUUAUUAGGCGCUGAAGAUAGCUUGUUGAUAAUGCUGCUGAUGACGGCAUCUAUGGGCAUGUUGUCGGGCUAUGUGGCUGGCUACAAUACAAGUAUUGUUACCGUAGCACCUCAGUUUACGGCGUUUGUUUCGUCUUAUUCACAAAUCUAUUCUCAAGCUGCCAGCACGAUUGCUCCAUAUCUGCUCGGCUACAUGACAACAAAGGGAACAAUCGACGAAUGGGAACUUGUAUUCUAUUUACUAGCCGUGGUUCUUAUCGUUUCCGGAAUAGUCUUCCAAUUUUUGGGACACGGUCAUAGCGAAUCCUGGGGAGAAGUAGCUUCUGCUAACCCAUCUCUGAGGCUUAGUAUGGCUUCAAUGAAUAUCUCGUCAGGAGCAUCGUCUUCUGAAACACCUAACGUGCAUAAGUCAAGCAACAUCGAUGACUUGAAUGCCAAACUUCUAGCAGAAGAGAAACCUCUUCCGAAAAGACCACAACGUGUCUCUUAUGCAAGUGUGAGUUUUAGGGAAGACGAUACAAUGGUCCAAAUACGUUCUGAGGAAUUAGAAAACGACUGUAUCAUAGAUAAAGUAGAAGCAGUCGACAAUCAUUGA